AUGGAGGACACCACCGCCGCCGACGCAGCCGUAGCUCCCGCCGCCCCCGCCAUCCCCUCCGACAUGUUUUUUGCGGAGCUGCACCAGCUUUUUCUGCAGCAGCGCCAGCAGCAGUGCCAGCAGAGGGAAGAGCGGUACCAGCUACAACACCAGCCCGGUCUAGAGCGACGAGACCAGGAGCUGCUCUAUCUACAGGAAAACGAGGUGCAGCAGCAACACCAGCAGCAUCGUCUGGAGAAGCAGCGGCAGCAAGAGCAGCAGGCGGAGCAAGAGCGUUUUCUGCAGACGAAGCUGCAGAAGCUGCGACCGAAGGCGGGGGAGGUUUUGUGGAAAACGAGGAUGAGCCUGCCGGUGGAGCCUCGGCCGAAGUCGGAGGGGGCGAGGGUGGAGUCGGAGAGUCCAAGCCCAAGCAGAGGAUGCCGCCGCCGGUGGAGCCUCGGCCGCCGCCGGAGAGCACGAGGGCGGAGCCGGUCAUGCCCAAGCCGAACCAGCGGACCAGGAGGGGGAGGGCGGGGGGCUGCACGGAGGAGAGGCUCUCGCGGAGGCCCGCGGCCAGAAGCGUGGUCUACCGGAGGGCUUUUGAAGGUGUGUGGGGCCGGGACCGGAGGAGGCUCUGUGGAAAUUGGCCCCCCCCAGCCCAAGUCGGAGGGGGCGAGGGUGGGGUCGGUCAAGCCCGAGCCGAGGAUGGGGCGGGCGGUGGGCAGCAUGGAGGAGAGGCUCCCGCUGAGGCCCGUGGCCGAGGAGGGGGCGGGCGGCGGGCUGCACGGAGGAGGGCUCCUGCGGAGGCCCGCGGCCAGAAUCGUGAUCUACCGGAGGGCUUUUGAAGGUGGGGCCGAGACCGGAGGAGGCUCUGUGGAAAUUGAGAAGGAGGCCACCAGUGGAGCCCCAGCCGAAGUCGGAGGGGGCGAGGGUGGGUUCGGUCAAGCCCAGGCCGAGGAGGGGGCGGGCGGCGGGCAGCAUGGAGGAGAGGCUCCCGCGGAGGCCCGCGGUCAGAAGCGUAACCUACCGGAGGGCUUUUGAAGGCGUGUUUUUGUUUAUGUUGUAGCUUUUACAGGCAGCUGGCCUUGCCUCCCCGCUCCCGGUUAAGCGGUCGGAAACGCAGUCUACCAGUGGACUUUUGAAGGUGUGUUUUUGUACGAUAUCUCAUUGCACAAACUUAAAUCGUAAGGUGGGGCCGGGACCGGAGGAGACUCUGUGGAAAUGGAGGAGGGGGCGGGCGGCGGGCACAUGGCGGAGAGGCUCCCGGGGAGGCCCGCGGUUAGAAGCAUGCUCUACCUGAGGACUUUUGGAGGUGUGUUGUUGUUUCGACAAAUACAGGUGGUGGCUGACUAUUUGGCUGACUAUUUCAAAAUGCCUAACACAUGAAUUAGGGCCUGUGUGUGUGUUUGGUGUCUGUGUGUGUGUGUGUGUGUGUGUGUGUUUUAUCAUUAGCAUCGACCGCGCUAACCGGCUGACCAAUGAAAAGACGUCGGUCUCAGCGGGUAAAAGUGUGUGUGUGUGUGCGUGUGUGUGCGUUUACCCCCUUCUAUUCUGGCGCCAGUCUGCACAACUUUCGGUAUAUAUGUUUGACGUAUUCAGCCGGGGUCACACAGGAGUUUUUUUUUUCCCUCCACUUUCCUUCUUGGUGGCGUGGGUUUUUUCAUGGGGUUUUAGAGGGAAGAGUAAGGACAGCCUGAUUCUGGAAGAAACGCGGUGGGGCACAACGUUCUGGGCAGGUAUUACGCCGUAGAGGAUUGUACAGACAACACUCAAUACACAAAUCCAGAUUCAUGAGCGU